AUGUUGAAUCUAGACAAGACAAUAGAACACAUCAAGCAAUGCAAACUAAUACCUGAAUCAGACGUUGAAGAAAUAUGCAUCCAACUAAUUGAUAUUCUAAUAGAAGAAUCCAAUAUCCAACACAUAAAUACACCCGUCACUAUAUGCGGUGAUAUCCAUGGACAACUACAUGAUCUAAUUACCAUUUUCUCCAUUGGUGGCAACUUACCCGAGACGCAAUAUGUAUUUCUUGGAGAUUUUGUUGAUCGCGGAUUCAACUCAUUAGAGACUUUGUUAUUACUAAUGACGUAUAAAUUGAAAUAUCCUUCCAAAAUUACUCUAAUACGUGGCAAUCAUGAGUCCCGACAGAUAACAACGGUGUAUGGAUUUUACGAUGAAUGUUUGAGGAAAUAUGGAUCAGUUAAUAUAUGGAGGUAUUGUUGUGAAGUAUUUGAUUAUCUAAGUCUAGGCGCAAUUAUCAAUAGCCAGAGGGGAAGUAACGAUGGAGGAGGUGGAGGGGUGUUUUGUGUACAUGGUGGACUAAGUCCUGAAAUUGACUCGAUCGACCAAAUACGAAUCCUAGAUCGAAAACAAGAAGUGCCUCACGAAGGAGGCAUGUGUGAUUUACUAUGGAGUGAUCCAGAAGAAGAUGUGAAAGGAUGGAGUAUAUCACCUCGUGGAGCAGGGUUUCUUUUCGGUGAAUCUGAAGUUGACAAAUUUCUUCAUUUGAACAAUGUGGGGCUCAUUGCACGUGCUCAUCAAUUGGUGAUGGAGGGCUAUAGAGAAAUGUUUGAUCUGAAGUUGGUUACUGUUUGGUCGGCGCCUAAUUAUUGUUAUCGAUGUGGUAAUGUAGCUAGCGUGUUGAAGAUUGAUGAUGAUUUGAGGAGGGAGUAUAAGGUGUUUGAAGCUGUUGAUUAUGAUGACGAAGAAGGAGAAGCAGAAGAAGGUGGAGGAAGUAGAGGAAUUGGUGCUGGUGGUGCAUUGAGUAAGAAGCCAGUAGUUGAGUAUUUCUUGUAG